AUGAAUUGCCUACCGUGCUUCAACAAGGACGACGACGAAGAACCCACUGAUCCUCCACCACCUCCUCCUAAGAAAGAAAGUCUUGCUCAUAUUGAACCCAAAGAGGCAGUUGCUUCUUCGUCGAAAGCAAAAACGUUUACCUUCCGGGAGCUGGCAAUGGCAACAAAAAAUUUCCGGCAGGAAUGUCUUUUAGGUGAAGGUGGAUUUGGAAGAGUAUUCAAAGGGAAGCUUCAGUCUUCUGGCCAGGUUGUUGCAGUAAAGCAGCUAGACAGAAAUGGAAUGCAGGGAAAUAAGGAGUUUCUUGUUGAGGUCUUGAUGCUCAGUCUGAUCCAACACGCGAAUUUGGUCGGUCUGAUUGGCUACUGUGCUGACGGAGAUCAGAGGCUUCUGGUGUAUGAAUAUCUGCAGAUGGGAUCUCUGGAGAAUCUAUUGUUUGGUGAUGAUCCUGACAAGAAACUGCUGGAUUGGUACACCAGGAUGAAAAUUGCUUUGGGUGCAGCCAAUGGACUCGAGUAUUUGCAUGACAAGGCCAAUCCCCCUAUCAUAUACCGUGACCUAAAACCAUCAAAUAUUCUACUAAACGAAAACUAUGAACCAAAAUUGUCUGACUUUGGUCUUGCCAAGCUUGGAGCAGGUGGAGGUAAGGUAAACCCAACAUCAAGGGUAAUGGGAACUUACGGUUAUUCUGCACCUGAGUAUUCAAGUGGUGGUGAGCUCACGCUCAAAUCUGACAUAUAUAGCUUUGGAGUUGUAUUUUUAGAACUUCUCACUGGACGAAAAGCCAUUGACACAACUAGACCAAAUGAUGAGCAAAAUCUAGUUACAUGGGCACAACCGAUAUUUAGGGAUCCUAAAAGAUUUCCAGAUUUGGCAGACCCACGACUAAAUAACAAUUUUCCACUGACAAGUCUAAACCAAGCAGUUGGAAUUUGUGCAAUGUGCCUUCAAGAAGAAUCAUCUGUCCGGCCCUUGAUUGGUGAUGUUGUUGCUGCUCUCAGUUUCCUGGCGACACCUCAACCAAGUACUGCUCCUGCUUCAGCCCCACCAGCAAAUGCCCCUCCAUCAGAGCAGAAGAUGCUCUAUGAAAUUGAGACCAAAAAGAAUAAACCGUCUCAAUCAGAUGACAGUUUACGCUAUGAUGAUAGUGAGAGUACCCAAAGUGGUUCUGAUCUACGGAAUGGAGGAAGUUGUCAAAAAGUUGAACUGGGAGAGAAAGACUGUAGUAGUCUAUAUUCAGGGAGAGGACAGAGCUUUGAUACUUUAGAGGAACACAGCAUUUACACAUCAGACUCAGACAGUGGAGGAGGCAAUACCAAUUAUGAUGAUGCUGAAACCACAGAGCUUGAAGAUCCAGAAAGAUCAAUAGAUUCAAUUGCUAAUUACAGUUUGCACUCAGCCCGAAGUACUGACAGCAGCAUGCAAUCUGAUGCUGGAUAUAAAUCUUCAAAACAUGGAAGUAGUAGGAGAUCUUCACCAAAAAAUCCUAAUGGUUCUCGUAGAAGAAAGCCAGUUGUGACAUUUAAGGAACCAAGUUUAAGUGCAAAGAAAAAUGGUACUAGAAAACCCAAAGGAGAAAAUAGCCAUUCAGAAAGUACUAAUCAGACAGUACUUUCUGCUGCUACAGAUGUUAGACAACAGCAGCAGCAGCAGCAACAACAACAACAGCAACAACAAAAACAGCAGCAACAUAUACAAGAACCAAGCUCAAGUUCCUCAAGCUCAGAAAGCAGCAGUGAAUCUGAGGAAGAGAAAGGGUCUCCAAAACACAUGAAAGAGACACACAUUCCUCUACAGAAUAAUGGAUUCCAAGAACAAGCCACCAGUAGCCCAGACAGAUCAAAUCAUCGAGUUUUUGAGCAACCUCAUAAAGAAAGUCCACAGCUACGGCAUCUUAAAACCAGGUGAUAUUUGUGAGAAGGCAUUAAUGCAUUAUACGGCUAUCCAUCUUCUUGUUCUAAAACUGAUUGUUGAGCAUAGACAAAAAGAACUCUUUUUGGUUGGUAUAAUGUUAGCAGUUUGUCUCCCUCUUUUCAUCCAAUUCUCAAGUUACACUCUAAGCAUCAGACAUUGAGAAGGUUGGAAACAUGCUAUUUUGAGUGAGGGGUAAAUGCCAGAUCUUGGUUGCAAGAUUUCUUUCAAAAUCCCUUACAACUUGUGUUUGUUUGAUCCAAUUACGACACCAUUCCUUGAUCAUUCUAGUUCUUCCCUUUUGUCUCGACUCCUCUCGAAAAACUUCAUAUUUUGUAAGCAUAUGGAAUUGGCCUUUUUUGUACUGAAAUUGUUAGAAGUGCUAGGCAUGUAGGCAGAAGGGUGAGCACAUUCAGCACAACAACGAUUUUGUUUCCUUUAAUUUUCAUAAAAUACAUGGUAGUGCUGUGCACAUCAGUUGUAGGCCUUGUAGCAUUCUGAAUUUUGAAGUUGUUUACUAAGCGAGUUUUCAGUUGUUGAAACAAUCAAUCUCUAUUUUUUUUCAUCUUCUACCUUUCAUGUUCAAAGAAAGU